AUGGCUCUCAUUCCGAAUUCGCCGCGACCUCUCCUCCAUUAUCCUGGUAUUCCGCUCCCAUCGGACUGCAUGGCAACAGCAGCAUACGACGCAUUUUCCGAUAACGGAUGGCGUGUUCAAUGGAUCUUUCGGUACCAUUCCAGCCUGGCGUCCCACUACCACUCAGCAACUCCUGAGUGCAUGGCUGCCCUCUCGGGCAGUGCAACCAUCCGAUUUGGUGUGGCAGACACUGUUCCUGAUCCGGAUGAGAGUACCUUUGGUUCUGGCAAAGAAGAUGGGGGAAUUGAACUACAGGCACGCGCUGGCGAUGUCUUUGUGAUACCCGCCUGUGUCGCCCAUAAGACAUUCAAUAUUGAGCCACGUGCUGAAUUUAAGCUCCUAACGCCUGGCGAUGGCCACCAUAUUGCGGCCGAUCAUACGAGGAGUACUUUGGAAAGCUUGCAGCUGUCUGGGUUUACCAUGAUCGGCGCAUAUCCCGAGGGCGGGUCUUGGGAUUUUGCAAAUGGGGGUGAGAAUGUCGGUAACUACGAAGUUGUGUGGGCAGUGCCGACACUAGAGAAGGACCCCGUGUUGGCGAAAGCUGAAGAAGGUCUCUGUGGACAUUGGAAAUAG